AUGCACAAAAGAGUGCGUCGUGUGGCCCUGGACGACGAUGACGAAAAAGACAAUGAGAACGACCCGCUCAGUAUUCCAGCUACUUCUCAGCUACCAGAGAAGAGCAAAGACCACGAAUUACUUUUGAGCAGCCUCGCAGCAAGCCAGAAGGCAUCUCCAUCUAAGCUACCGACUCUACCUGCCGAAGUCCUUUUGACCGUCCUUGACAACACCGACCCAGCGGACAUCUUGGAACCACCGGCUCGUCAACUCAUGGAGCAACUCAAUCCGCAAGAUUACUGGGACUUGGCAUUUGUCAACGCGACUUUCGAACGUCUAGACGAGCGCGUGGGGAACCAAGCCGUGUGGGAUCCACAAAGCGCGUACUUUCGCAUCAUCGAGGCCUGGUACGACACGUUUGUCCGCGGUAUCGAAGAGAUUGAACCUGACAAUCCGUGGUGGCACCAUACCGUACAAUGUCUUGAUUUACGAAAGUCACCUUUGGUGCACGGGCAGCUACGUUGGUGUGUCAAAGUAGGCCUAACGGUUGUCGAUUUUGGCAUGGCAGACGAUAAAGGCGUGGAUAUUGAACUGACACCGAAGAAGACGAAUUCACAUACAGCCAUCUAUAGGACAGUCUUCGAGACAUACGACAUGGAUAACAUGACUCCGUUAUGGGGCAAACACUCUUCGACGACUGUCGUCCGGGACUAUGAGGAUGUAGAACUUGCUGAGCGCAAUGCCGUUCAAACCCUUAUGCUCUUGCGAAGAGAAGCUUCCAUGUCCAUUCGCGAACGAAGUGCUCUGUACACAAUGAAAGAAGAAAGAGUUAUGAUGCAUCGGGAAGUGACGGAGGUUGACGAACAGUUCAAGAAAUGGCAGGAGAGCUUGCUCGGGUUGCCAAAUCUAAGCCUCGUUCGUAUUGAAAUCGACCAUGACGUUGAUCCCAAUCCAAUGACUUGGUUCAAGGAAGUCAUGGAUCGCGAGAGCCAGAACCUGAUAAGGUGGAAGGCCCAGAAGCAAACCAUCGCGCAUAUCAAAGCCUACCUGGAUGCUACGAACGCCGCAGCCUCCAUAGCCGAGGACGACUUCGAUGAAGAUGACGAUGACUUCUGA